AUGUUCUCCAAUAAUUCAAACGCCGUACAAAUAAAACCGCGACUUAUUACAUUCUUCCUUGCUACCGUUUGGCUAGCUGUUGCUAGCCUCAGCUCCAUAAUUGCGUACUGUGCAAGUCAUCUGCUUGACCGCGCAACGCAUGACCUAGCUAGUGGCAGCGGCUGGAUUCUGGACAUAGAAUUCAAACGCCUCAUGAACAAAGUCUUCGGUGGAGCACUCGCUGUGGCAAUUAUUUCAGCUCUGCUUUCAACUUUUGGAACCGCUCUUCUUUUCCAGCCGAGAUUGCUGAGUAAGAACAGUCAGGCUCGAGCUUUUUACGGCUGCAUCCAACUUUUGCUGAGUUUUCCUCUCGUAUGCAUCGAAGUUUACCUUGCCGGUCAGGUCCGCGGCUUUCAGUCCUCUUUCAAAUUCUUCACAAGCCAGGACCAUACUCCGUACUACGAGAUCAUGUAUUAUGGCGCUACGAGCAAAGCUAUCUUCGGCGCUCUGGUGGCCAUUUUCUAUCUGGUUUAUGUUUUCGCAUGUCAUUGA